AAGAUUUUGAGCCGUGACGUAUUUACUAACAGGGACACGCGAGUUUUCACACCGGUGCUCCAUCUGCUUGCGAGGGCGAGUAUUUGGGGGAGAUAUACUGCGCCUCGCUCUUGAGACGCUCUCACCGUUUUCUUUCCGUUAUCACCCGGACCUGUCAACAAGCAUACAUGCCGCUCGGUCCACCGCAGGACUCUCCAUCGGCUCUCUGACCUGCCGGACUGUGCACACACAAGUCGUGUGGAAGUUUUUUGGACACGUUUUCCAACAUAAAAAAGUGAGAUUGUGCCAAAAGAUGUUGGAUCGUUGUAACAAAACUCUUCUACCUUUGUUCUUUGGAUGCCUGUCUUGUCUUGUGGGGACAUCUGUUGUAAAUGCAGACGGUCGAGUGUUCGUGUUGGACCUGAGGAACUCCUCUGGCCUGCAGGGCUUCAGAGAUGCCGAGGGGGCUUGUGCCGCCCGACAUGCCCGCCUGGCCUCAGCAGAGGAGCUGCAUCACGCCGUGGAGGAGUGCUUCUUCUCCCCGUGCACCCGUGGGUGGCUCUACGCAGGCACAGUGGGGAUGACGGUGUGUAACGUUGUGGGCAGUGCACUGAAAGCAGUGGAUGUGAGAACAGAAAACGCCACCGAGGACUCUGAAAACCUGGACGCCUUCUGUAUCAAAGACAGGGAUGUGCCGUGUGGUGACCCUCCAUCCUUUCCUAACGCUCAUCUCCAGGAGCACUCUGGGUAUGAGAUGGGAGACGAGCUGCUGUACACAUGUUUGCCCGGUCAUGUCAUGCCCAGUGGACGCAGAGCGUUCAGUCUGCUGUGCGACAGCUGUGGAGAGUGGUACGGAUUAGUGGAGAUUUGUGUCAAAGAUGAGACUGAAAGUCACGUAGACUAUGAGGACAAGUUUCCAGAUUCCUAUGGAGAGGCAGAGCACCAUAGCUCAGAGGAGGCUCAGGGUCAGGUGUACGAGGAGGUGCACGGAGCUGAAUACCCACAAGGGGAAAGGCGUCAGGUUCAACAAGAGACGAGCUUCAAUGUCGAAGUAGAGGAGGAGCAUCAAGACCAACAUGGAGUGCCUGAAGUGGAAGAGGAGGUCAUCGAUACAACAUUUGUGGUAGUAGGAGGGGAGAAAGCUACAGAAGCACCUGUGUCUCUUCUCUCCCAGAAACACCUCUUCUGGUUCCCCUCUGAGGCCUUCCAGGAUGAGGGACGUCCCGCCUCCACCAAUCCAGUCACACAGACCACACAGAGAGCUUCAGGAGCCCAAUCAGAGGAGAGCAAAGAGCAGGACAGCCAAGAAACACACCACCACCAGCGUCCAGUUGAUGUUGACGACCAUGGUCACGACGACCAUGACGACCUGGACAACCAUGAUGACGGUGAACAGAGUCACCGGGAGGAAGACGACGGAGAUGAUCAUGUGAAGCAUUAUAUUCCAGCUAAGGUUGAUGACCAGGACAGACGGGACCGGCACAAAGAUACAGACGAUCAUGACGACCAUUAUGACAUGGGUGAACACGAAGACGACCGGGAUCGUGUUCGUUACGGAGGUCAAGAGUACGACGAUACUUACGAUGAACAUGAAAGCUACGAAGAGCAUGAAGAUGUGACUGACGAUCGAGAAGUCAAUGAUCGAGAACGUCCUGACGAAUCUAAAGAACAUCCUGACCCCGAUGAAAGUGAUGACCGUGAGGAGCCUUAUGAUCCUGAGGAGGAAGAUAUUGAUCGUAACACUGACCACGAUGACCACGAUGACCACGAUGACCACGAUGACCACGAUGCCCACAAUGACCACGAUGACCACGAUGACCACGAUGACCACGAUGACCAUGAACCCGACGACCAUGAACACGAUGUCCACGACCACGAUGACCAUGAACCCGACGACCAUGAACACGAUGUCCACGACUACAAUGACCAUGAACACGAUGACCAUAACCACGAUGACCAUGAGAGCCACGAAGAUGACAAUGACAGUCACCAGCGUGUGAUCUUUUCCCAAGAGACGGAUAUAAAACAGAAUGUUACAGCAGAAGAAGAAGCCCCCACAGACGACACCUGGCUGGACGGCUACCCUGUCGUCCUGGAGGAAACAGAGAAAGGGGACUCCACACCAGAAAGGGUUAGACCAGAGGAUACAGCGAGGGGGACAGUUGUGAGGACAACUGACAGACCUAAUGAGGUGGAAGUUGGUAGACCCGUCCCUUACACCAGCCUACCAGAAGUACCUGCGUCUUCCACAACAGAGCCUGCUUUAGCUCAAGGUGGAGAGGACGAAAUGUUGACAGGCUUCAUCCCCACCGCUGCUCCCUCACAGCCCUCCGACUCCCCCUCACACUCAGACACCUUGGACUACGACACCCAACAGGCAGCUCCCACCCACUCCUGGCAGGACGACCUCUCUCAGCACCCCUUCCUGGAUCAUGGCCCAGUUCCCCCGAUGCAGGACAGCGACAGCGGAGUUACAGAAGAGCACACUGUACACAUCCUUCCAGGGGAGACCGGCGAGAGAGGUGAGGUGGAGGGAGAGUUGGGGGAGGCAAUCUGUACCGGUGAGAACUGCCCUCCGAGCUCCUCUAGCCAAGGUCCCACUGUUGCCGCCAUAAUCGUGGCGGUUUGCGCUAUCGCCACGGCGAUGAUCGUUGGGGUGUGGUGCUACUGCCACAAACAGAAGAAGAGCUCAAUGUACGAGAUGAACGGGAAGGGCCAGAGUCAGAGCAGACAGGGCCAACAGAUAGAGAUGCAGCAAAAAGUGUAAGGGCGACCAAUGAUGGAGGGCAGAGACAUUUGGGAGGGAGGGAAAAAUUCAGAGAAAUUUAAGAGGAAACCACAGCCCUUCAUCUUGCUAGAAACUCAUCAAUAACUGAAGAUUUUGGAUAGGUAUGAAGAGAUGGGAUCUGUUUUGAAGAGCAAAAUGUGGUUAAAAGAAAAAUUGAGCAAAGCAGUAAGAACUGAUGUUUAACACAGUGAAACAAGAUCGUUUUUAAGGAUUUUUACCUAUCUAUGAUGUACCUACCCACUAUUUUCAAAUCUCUGAUAUCUAGCUGGAUAAGUGGAGAGGGGCUGGACUCAACUCCAGGAACUGAAAAAGGAUAUUAUAAGGGAAUAACCAUGUAGGAAAACCACAAGAAGGCAUGCCUGCCCGCCUGAAUAUAUGAACUGAGACUUCAGCCUCUUGGACAUUGUGGUUAAAGAUUCUCUGUGUUCAAUUUGUGUUGACUUCAUUGAUGUUUAUUGCUUAUUCAGUUGUGUGUUUCCUGAUUUUUCCAAAUCCCAAUCUCUCUCUGAUUGCCUGAGAACUGUGUUGGAAAAAAUAACAACUUUAUUCCACUUGUUAUUCAACGGCAAGAGCGCUGAAGACUUGGGCAGGUUGUCCCAAAUGUAGACAAGGUUAUUUUGUUAUCAGUAAGAACAAAAAGGAGGAUGAUAGUUAAAAAUAUGAGAGGGUCGAGUGAGCGGUAUGGAGGGAAAGGUGUGAGAAAGAAGGAUGGCAGGUGAAACAUUUGAAGAUCUUCCUGCCUCUGUUGGUUUUGACAAGGGGCUGCUGAAGGAUGAACAGCAGCAGGCCAUCCAGAUUUCAGAGUUAUCCCCAUGGUGUGUGUGUGUGUGUGUGUGUUGUGUGUGUGUGUGUGUGUGUGUGUGUGUGUGUGUGUGUGUGUGUGUGUGUGUGUGUGUGUGUGUGUGUGUGUGUGUGUGUGUGUGUGUGUGUGUGUGUGUGUGUGUGUGUGUGUGUGUCUCAGGUGCAUGCAAUCUGCCAAUCAGCGGUACGUCGUGUUUGCUGACGGUAAAACAGAGAUAAAACAUCAUGGUGCCUCCAUGGUAACAUUUCAUUUUCUUUAAGAACAAGUAUAUAGGAUUUAGUGCCAUCUAAUGCUGAGGUUGAAAAUUGCAACUAAAUAUCCCUCUGUUCACCCUUCCCAUUUCCAAGAAAGUUGGAGAACUUCAAGUGAAAGGCACUCUCUAGAGCUGGAAUUUGGUUUGUCCCUUCUAGGCUACUGUAGAAACAUGAUGGUGCAACUUGGCAGAUUGCGAGGUACGGCUCACUAUCUCGGAGGGAACAAGCCCCCAGGAAGUGCGCCGGCCGUUAAAGCAAAUGUUCGCAGCGGCUGAACAGUGGUACUACACUGCUGUAUUUUCUGUGAUGUCAAUUUGGCUGCAAUAGACUUUUUCUCAUUGAUUUUCACAUUGGAAAAGAGACAUCUGUAAAUUACUGAACCUUUUAUUUUAGCUAAAUAAACUACCCAGUACUACAGAGUAUACUUUCAGGGCCCUUAUAUAAAUCAUGAGGGUUUAAAAGUAGUAAAAUGCGCUAAAUCCGAUCCAGUGUUAUUUUCUCAUUCAUUUGACUGAGCGGAUAACAGAGUAAAGAGGCGGGGCUUAGGGGGAAACUCAAGUGCGCAUGCUCUAUGGGCCUAAGUGCCAGGACGAUGCGGCUACUUUUUUAAUUUACCCUUGCUCCAUUUUUGGCUUCAUGUGCAUAUCAUUUUAUGCACAUGAACUCACUGUUCCUUUUAAGGUUAGUAGCCUACACUUUCUGACGGUUUUGUGAAAAUGUGUACAUUUGUUGAGUAUAUGUAGGGUAGGCCUAUGACUUUGGGUUCAUAUGGGUUAAUAACAGGCGCUUGUAAUAUCUUUCAUAUGGUAUUCAAUAUUUUGAAUUACAUCAAUGUAAUUUACCUUCAUACUCGUGCUCUGUUAUGUUUGUUAAGAUAAAAAACCAGAAUGAAAGUUUUAAGAGGGGUUUUCUCGACUGGACUUUUAAUAACCGCUGUUUUAUUUAAAAUGUUUGGGACAUCAGAAAAUGUGCGCUGUUAGCAAAUUUAGUUAGAAUUUCACAAUGUUUAUACAUGUGGUUAACUCUCCAGUCGUAGUUCAGACUUUCAUAGUGUACUAGCUGCAUCAUCAGUGAUAUUCUUUCUCGCUGUCUUCGUACUGUGCCAAACACUUAAGAGCAAAGGUCAAAUGUAAAUACAUUAAAUAGCAUUUGGAGGGCUUGAACUUAGAUAUUAGAGUUUGUAUUUCUGGUGAUGUAUAUAGACUACACAAAUAAUUACUUGGCAAUACCUUAAAUAGGAGGUGCUUUACUUGUAAUAAAUGUCAAAUGUCAAGCACUUCUUGGUGUCAUCAGUCAUGAAUAAUCAUCAAUGUUCCACCAUUGUCUCACCUGAUUUCUAAAAAGUUGUUUUAAAAUGGUAUUAUUUAGUAACACGUUUAGUUAUAAAAUAAGGAUUUGUUUGUUUGAGGAAGUGAAUACCCACUAUUGUUGAUUUCAUAACAAAUAUUUCUUACUUUUUUAAAUGUCUGUAUUUUGGUAUCUGAAUCGAUUUAGUAAUGUCGCGAUGGCAAGGGCAAUAAAUUACCUACUGUCUUUAUGUUUCUGUAAACAUGAAUCCCUACUAAAAUAACCUUCGAAACACUACUUCAGUUCGUUAUUUCUUCAAAAAGACAGUCAAGCACAGUUGACUUUAGACAUUACAAUGUAUGUCGUUUUCUUUGCUACAGUCAAACAUUUAUUAGAUUUUUUUAAGUGCAUCAUGAUCUUAAAUUACUUUAAAAAAUCAUGUAAUACAUAGUGAAAUAGUUGUAGAUGAUGGUAGACAUUUUUGAAUUGUCAUCGGAUUACUACUACUAGUAAACUCCAAUAUAAAUGUCCAUACUUUACUGCCCUUUAUCUCACCUAGAUAAAGCUGUUAAAACACAAGUGUUGUCCUCGCAAUAUCAUGGAUUGUAGAUUAUUUAGCAAUGAACUGUCUGGUCACACAUUUUGCAGAUGUUCAAUUAGACUAAUAGUGGUCAUCAAGAAGAUGGAGAGAGUUGUGAUGCAAAAAUCACAAAUUUGAUAGUAAGUAAAGGGCGUUUCUGUCAUUCACAUGAUGCUAAUAUUUCUCCAUGUCUGUUUCUUCUUCAUCUCAAACAGCCUGAUGUGUGUGAUGUCAGGAUGAAAUGUGUACUGUAUAUGUGUUCUCCCAAUAAACUCCUAAACAUGUGGUUUAAA